UCUGCCUUUCUUAUCCCCACAGUCUCUGGUCUGUCUGGGUUCACCUGUUUGCUUUGGAAAGAGGGUCAUUUGCCAUGCAGAUCACUAUCUCUGCAUUCUCCUCGGGGAACCAUCUCAUUUUUCUCUCAGGACUAUAAAUCAUGUUUGGUCGUGGAGCAGCCAGAGAACCCUAGCUGAGGAAGAGGUCCAGAGGUCAGAAAACAAGGCAGCCAAGAACAAGAGAGCCCCAUGAUCCAGUGACAAGAUUAACUCUUAAAAUGUCGGUGCUUACCCCUAUUCUGACCCCCCCUGAGGUAAAGGAGUACAUGACGAAAGGUGAACGCUUCAUCAAGUGGGAUGAUGAUUCCACAAAUGCUUUUCCUGUCAUUCUACGGGUGGAUCCAAAGGGAUAUUACCUAUACUGGACAUUUCAGAGUAAGGAAAUGGAAUUUUUGGAGAUAACAAGCAUUCGAGACACUAGAAUAGGGAAAUUUGCCAAGAUACCGAAGAGCCAGAAGCUCCGAGAGGUUUUCAAUUUGGAUUUCCCAGAGAAUAACUUCUUUCUCAAGACAUUGACAGUGGUUUCUGGUCCUGAUAUGGUGGAUCUCACCUUUCACAAUUUUGUAUCUUAUAAAGAAAAUGUUGGAAAGAAUUGGGCAGAUGAUGUCAUGAGCAUUGUUAGGAACCCCUUUAUAUUAAAUGCUUCCCGUUACAGCUUCCUGGAAAAAAUACUAGUGAAGCUGAAGACACAGCUGAAUGCUGAGGGGAAAAUUCCAGUCAAGAAUAUUUUUCAAGCAUUUCCUGCAGACAGAAAAAGAGUAGAAGCUGCAUUAAGUGCUUGCCACCUUCCAAAGGGAAAAAAUGAUGGUAUCAAUCCAGAAGACUUCCCUGAAUCUGUGUACAAAACAUUCCUGAUGAAACUAUGCCCUCGGCCAGAGAUUGACGAGAUAUUUACUUCACAUCAUUCAAAGGCCAAGCCAUACAUGACCAAACAUCACCUGACAACAUUUAUCAACAAGAAACAGCGAGAUUCCCACCUCAAUGACACGCUUUUCCCCCCAGCUAAGCCAGAGCAAGUCCAGGAUCUCAUAGAGAAAUAUGAGCCCAGUAUGAUGAAUAUUCAGAGAGGACAGCUGUCUCCAGAGGGAAUGGUCUGGUUUCUGUGUGGCCCAGAAAACAGCAUAGUGUCCCAGGACAAGCUAUUGCUGCACCAGGAUAUGAGCCAGCCACUGUCCCACUAUUUCAUCAAUUCAUCCCACAACACCUACCUGACAGCUGGGCAGUUUUCAGGAAUCUCAUCUCCUGAAAUGUAUCGCCAGACCCUUUUGGCUGGCUGCCGCUGUGUGGAACUGGAUUGCUGGAAGGGGCGCCCUCCAGACGAGGAGCCGAUCAUCACGCAUGGGUUCACCAUGACAACAGAAAUAUUGUUCAAGGAUGCAAUUGAGGCUAUUGCAGAAAGUGCUUUCAAAACCUCUCCCUACCCAGUGAUUUUGUCUUUUGAAAAUCAUGUGGACUCGCCCAAGCAGCAGGCUAAAAUGGCUGACUACUGUAGAAGCAUAUUUGGGGACAUGCUGCUGACAGAACCACUGGAAAAAAAUCCACUAAAACCAGGAGUUCCACUGCCAAGCCCCCAGGAUCUAAUGCGAAAAAUAUUGAUUAAGAACAAAAAGAACCAGUUCAUACCUGGGGAGAACCCGGAUAUUCUAAAGAAAAGGAAGAGCUUAGAGGAUGAAGCAACUGAGCAGGCCGCACCUAUAGAGAGCCCAGACAGGUCAGCAGAGUUGACUGAAGAGGUGCCUGAAGUAGAAGGAGACUUGGGAAAACUGAAUGAAGAAGAGAUGAAAAAGCUGCAGUCGGAUGAGGGCACUGCAGGUCUGGAAGUGACCGCUUAUGAAGAAAUGUCUAGCCUUGUUAAUUACAUCCAACCCAUCAAAUUUGAAAGUUUUGAAAUCUCAGCACAGAAGAAUCGAAGUUAUGUGGUUUCUUCCUUCACCGAAAUGAAGGCUUAUGAGCUCUUGACCAAAUCCCCCAUCCAGUUUGUGGACUAUAACAAGAGGCAGAUGAGCCGAAUUUAUCCCAAGGGUACUCGGAUGGAUUCUUCUAACUACAUGCCUCAGAUGUUCUGGAAUGUUGGCUGCCAAAUGGUAGCUUUAAACUUCCAGACAGCAGAUGUCCCUAUGCAGCAGAACAUGGCCCUCUUUGAAUUCAAUGGGCAGAGUGGCUACCUCCUCAAACAUGACUUCAUGCGUCGCCCAGAUAAGCAAUUUGACCCUUUCUCUGUGAACUGCAUUGAUGUGGUGGUGGCAAGCACACUCUCAAUAACAAUCAUUUCUGGCCAGUUCCUCUCAGAACGUAGUAUCAGAUCAUAUGUAGAAGUGGAAUUAUUUGGGCUGCCAAGUGAUCCAAAACGCAGAUACAGAACCAAGCUGACACCAAAUGCAAAUUCAAUCAACCCUAUGUGGAAGGAAGAUGCUUUUGUAUUUGAAAAGAUUCUGAUGCCAGAGCUGGCUUCUCUCAGAAUUGCGGCUUUGGAAGAAGGAGGGAAGUUCAUAGGCCAUCGCAUCAUUCCCAUCACUGCUGUGUGCACAGGGUAUCACCAUGUUUGCCUUCGUAGUGAGACCAACAUGCCACUUACGAUGCCCUCACUGUUUGUCUAUGUGGAGAUGAAAGACUAUGUUCCUGAUUCAUGGACAGGUCUCACCAUGGCUCUCUCCAACCCAAUCAAGUUUUUUAAUGCCCAUGAUGAAAAGGCAGUGAAAAACCAAGGGACUAAUUCUGAGAAGCCCAACUUCCAAUUUAGUCUUUCAGCUGCUCAGCAAAAUACCAAUGGGAUUCUGCAUGCCACAGGAACCUACAGUACUCCUCCUUCAAAUGGACCUGAAGGACCUUUGGCUGUAGGGAAAGAAAAAACCAUGAAAAAACCCAUGGAACCAGAGACUGCUAGCAUUGAAGAGCUACAGCAGAUGAAGGCUUUUCAAAAGCUGUUGAAAAAACAGGAGAAGGAACUGAAGGAGCUGGAGCAGAAGGGCAUCAAGCGCAGAGAAGACCAGUUGCAGAAAUAUGUCAUUCUUUUCACGGAGGUGAUGGCACAGGCUGCCAAGAAGAAAAUGCCAAGCACACCAAAAGCCUUCAGAAAAAAGAGUUGCAGGGCCCCUACAGAGGAGAGCAGUGCAGCAUUACUUCCUGUGGAGGUGGCAGAGAGUCCUGACAGCAGAGUCUUGGAGUUGAAAGGGAAGCUGGAGGAGGAACUAACUGAGCUAGGAGAGGAGCAGUAUGAUGCCAUUCGGAAGAAAAAAGAACAGCACGCCACAAAGCAAAUUGCUAAGAUAAUAGAACUUGCAAGAGAAAAGCAUGCAGCCGAACUGAAAGCACUAAAGGAGAUCUCUGAGAGUGACACAAAGGAAAUGAAAAAGAAACUAGAGGGGAACAGACUGGACAAAAUCCAAACCAUGGCUAAGAAUACAACUGACAAAUGUAUCCAGGAAAGAUUGAAGAGAGAAAUCAAUAAUGCACACAUCCGUGAAGUAGUGCAGAUGGUCAAAAAGUUGCAUGAAAAGCAGACUAAGUAUCAAGAAAUACUGGAAAAAAAGCAGAAAGCCUGCCUAGAAAAGAUCAAAGAAAACGAAAACCAGCUUCAGGAGGCGGCAUUUGCAGAGUAUGAAGAAAAGGUGAGAGCUCUCAGUGCAGAGGUGCAAGAUUUAGUGAAGGACUGUGCAAGAGUGUGUUUUCCUCUGGAGGCUGACAGGACAAAAGAAGAGGCCCUAAAGACUGCCAGUGAGGGAGACCAGGGGCUGGAGCAGCAGCUGCAGAAAAACAACCCAAUGCCUGAGGCGGUCAGGCAAGCGACUCAGAGGGCAUUCUGGGCAGAGAAUGCGGAAGAGGAUGACAACUCCAUGCAUACACAAGAGAGCAAAUUGUGAGCCUCCACAUGACUCUUUAAGGAUCCAUUUCUCUUGUUUCCAGCACUGAAGCUCCAUAGAACUUAAUGAUACAUCUCUUACAGAGGCUUCAUGGUCUUCUGCAAUGUUUGCAUUUUUCAAAACAUGUGGAGGAUAGCACCUUUAAUGAAGGAGUUCCUGGGUUGAGAUAAUAGGAUGGUCAACAGAAGAGCCGCAUAAGAAAAAAACAGAUACCUGAUUAUCUGCUUAGUACUAAAUCAUUUAAGAUGCUUUCACCUUAGAUUAUGGGUUCUCUAAAACCAUUAUGUAAGACAAAAACAUUUAUCAAAAUGCAACUAUGAAACCGUUAUGCAUGUCACAAUACUGGUCUUUUAAUCCCCAUAAAGGGUUUCAAGGUGUCCUCUUCAGCUUGCCAGUAAGCCUGGUUUCCUCCUGGCUGCAGUACUGAAAUAGCAAAUACGCAUACCAAUAAAUCCAAAAUUGGCUCAACCUUGAACCUUACAACCCCACCCAUACUUCAAGUUGAACUGCCUGCCUUUCAUAUUUUUGAAGUCUCACACCAACAUCCAUCUAUCAUGUACAAUUAUUAACUGGUAAAUGCAGCAGUGAGCACCACAAAGCCCAAGCAAGCAGCCCUCAGAGGCCCCUUUGGAGCCCUCACUGCUUCCUGCCACAAAUUUCUCAUCCAUUCCUACUUAAAACCAACCCCUUAUUCAUAUAUGAGCAGCUGCAAGGGGAAAGUUUGAUGCUUUUCCCUGGAAAGAAAGCACGUGGUAAGGCAUGUGCCCUAUUUUCAAGUGUAAUCAAACUCUCAGAAACCUCCUGGGAGCUCAGUUUUGUUUCCGAACAAGACAGGUGUUUCCCACAUGCCUUGCUUUCAAGCAAAAUUGCCCCUUUGCUACUAUUUGUUGGAUUGAAAUCCUAAACACAGGCACUAGAGAGUUUGCCCCAUUGAAGACUUACUUCAGUACCACAGGAUUGCACUGAAAUGCAAAUCCGCUCUGGGAAUGGAGGAAGAGACAUUGUGGCAUAGAGUCUAAUCAGUCCUAUGGUGCAUCUUCAGAGGAGUUACACCAUCACCUUCCAUUCCUGCCCCCCCACCCCCAUACCAAAUUCAAAGCUGAAAGGGAUCAGAUUCUCAGCCCUAGAGACAUGAUAGAUUAGCACUGCAAACCUAAAGGUGUGAAUAAAAAGUUUGCGUGCACUGAGGCUUGGGAAAAGAAGAACUCAUAGCGAUACUCAAAGGGAGGAAUCUUAUGUGUGUACAUGGUAUUCAGGAAUAAUUGCUAAUAUGCCUGGAAAUGCCUUUCCUUUGUAACAUUUCAUUCAUACAAUGAAUACUGAGCUUGUCCAUAGGAAUGUUGCAUUUUUAGGACUGUGUUUUUAUUUGCCUUCCAAAGAUGAAAGCAUCACUCCCCCCUACCACAUGUGUGUUUGAGCAAGUACACAAAGUGAGAAACACAUGACCAGAAUUUGCACUCUUGUCUCUUCUAUAUUCAGAUCUCAUGGCUUUUCACUCCUUUACAGUUACAUGUAAAUGUCAUAACACAUCCCUCCAUGCAAUACAUUUGCAUUUGACAAUGGUUGCUACUGAAUCCAUUGCCAUUUGUAAGUUUAAAAAGAAGCAGACCCAUAACUCCCAGCAUACUUCAGCUGGCAUUGCUGGCUGUGGCAUACUAGCAGCUGUGGGCCUUUUUCAGUUUAAAUUUACACAGGAUUAUGUCCUUGAUGUCUCCUUAGCUUUUACUCAUUGUCUUGUCUUUUCUUCAUGCUUCCACCUUAAAUAGUGGGGCAGUAACACCUACCAAGUUAUUUCCCUCUUGACAAUAGCGUGUAUUUGCAUACCUUUCCAGUCUAGCCAAUCCCUUUGCUUUAAUGCAGGGGUACAAAACCUCAGGCAUAGCAGCCAAAUUUAGUCCCAUGGGAUUCCCUGGGAGUCCCAUGGAUCACCACACCUCCAUUCUAAAAGCCUGAAAUGAUUCUCCUAAGACUUACUAGCUUGCAGCAUGAGCUUUAAAGCAAUAAUAUACCGAUAUUUGGGUUGUUCUGGCUGCACGUUUUUUUGCUUUCAUCUCUUCCCAUCACUGAAAUGAGGCCCCCAAACCUUCUCUAAAAUGGAAUUUGGCCCUUGGGUGUUCCGCACCCCGCUUUAGUAGCACCAUUUCCCUCCUGUGUGAUUCCUAAAAUCUGCUGUUCAACAGCUACUAGCAAAAAAAGUACUGUGUUCACUUCAAUUACUCAGUACCUCCUCGGGGUACUGCAUGCUCUGCAAUGAGACUGGAUAUUAAUCAAUCCUUUGCUGUCUAUAUCUGGGUCUGGGGAUACUUGAACCACAUGGAAAGCCACCAGAGGAAUAACUUCACCCAAAGGGCCAACAGUAACAAAAGCAACUUGGAGAACAAUUAUCACAUGUUAACAGAGGCUCUCCACUGCAUUCUCAUAAGAGCAUCUGGAUUUAUUACCAAGUGUGGGUUGCUAUUAAAAAUUCAUUUUCAUGUUCUUUCCAACAGAAAAAAUAUUUGAAUUGUGUAUUCUAUAAAGAUUGUAAAUGUUUAUGCCUAUGCAAGAUACUGCUGGAGGAUGGGUUGUUAACUGUUGAUCUGAACUGCAAAGAUGCAGCUGGUCACAAACUGUGGUUCAAGCAUUUCAUCCUGGCAUUUCCCACGUCUUGCAAUAAUGCCCAUAAAAUGAAUGAAAAUGAAUCCAUUUUGUAAGCCAGUAUAUGCAGUGUUUUUAUAAAUAAACAUACCCCUUUAAA